AUGGUGAUAUUUUUGCUGCUAUCAAUGGAUAUUACCUGUUCUCUAAUAAAAAUUAAUUUGGACGACGAGACACGCAAUCCAAAGUCGGACAUUUAUCUUGAUUCCAUACAAUUAAUUGAGAGAUAUCAUUAUCCAGUUGAGAGUCACGUCGUAUUGACGGAAGAUGGUUAUCUCCUAAAUACCAUUCGAAUACCGCGAAACGGACCCCCGGUUUUAUUGGUUCAUGGUAUUGGUGAUAGUUCAGAUUCCUGGUUGGUGCUGGGACCAACCAGAUCUUUGUCUUUUAUGCUAGCGGAUGCGGGAUUUGAUGUCUGGAUUUACAAUGCAAGAGGAAAUAGAUAUUCCAAGAAGCACGUUAACGCAGUACCGCCUGAGGAGUUUUGGGACUUCAGUUUUGAAGAAAUGGGCACUCUCGACAUGCCAGCUACUAUAGAUUAUAUUCUGGAAAGAACUAAUAUGAAGACAUUGACUUACAUUGGUUAUUCACAAGGUACAACAGCUUUUUUCAUAAUGUGUAGCACAAAACCAGAAUAUAAUGACAAAAUUAAUCAUGCUAUUCUACUUGCCCCUGUUGCUUGGUUGACGCAUACGAAGUAUCCAUUUAUAGCAUUUUUUAAACAAAUUUUGAGUGACCUUAUGCAGUUCUCUAAAAAAAGGCACAUCUACGAAGUGUUUCCAUUUAAUAAAAGAUUGAAUUUUUAUCACGCUAAGGUGUGCAACACUACGGCGUCCUAUAGUUUAUUAUGUCACAUCGAAUUAUAUUUGAAUUUUGGCGUGAGGAAUUUAUUAGAUUUAUCACCCGAACGAUUACCUAUCAUUACUAGUCACAUACCAGCUGGAGUUUCUGUUAAAACUUUGUUUCAUUUCCUUCAACUUUAUGGCAGCAAAAGAUUUCAAAGAUUCGAUUAUGGUAUGAAUAAAAAUAGACAAAUUUAUUCAUCUUUGAUCCCACCAGAAUAUAAUGUUUCGUCCAUUACAGUUCCUAGCUCAAUAUUUGUUAGUGAAAUAGACUGGUUUAGUGAUGAAAAAGAUACGAAUUUACUGAAAAAUAAAUUGAAAUAUAUCAAAAGAUUUAACGUUAUAAAUAAGAGUAACCAAUUUACACACCUGGAAUUCGUAUACGGUACGAGGGUUAAAGAAUUAAUUAAUAACCCAGUGAUCAACAUAUUAAAAGAACUAAAAGUUUUGGACACUAUUGAUAUUAGGUAA